GACGCGAUGUCCUGAGCAAUGCUCGGGAUUAAGUGCGAAGAUUUUCAAAAUCGUGCCUAAGUCCAAUACAUUGCAGGGCCACGCUUUUUAGUGUGUGGAAGGAUUGCAGGCUACACUCUGCGCCGGAAUAAGGAAAGGAUGGAAGGAGAUAUAAAGAUGGCACCAGGAUGGUGCAACAAAGUCACUUACAACCAAUCUUCACAACCUGAGUCCAACCUGUAACCUCGAACCAGCCUCAGUCCUCACUCUCGACUGCCAACAUGACAACUCGCUAUGCUCAAGCUCAUCUGCCAUCCUCCCUGGCUGGGCCUGGUGAUGCCCGCCCAACAGCUCUACAGAUCAUCAAGGACAACAAUCUCGAGAAUUCCCUCACUGACAAAGUCAUGCUCGUCACUGGAACUUCAUCAGGGAUUGGCAUUGAAACAGUCCGCGCACUGAAGGCUACCGGUGCAAAGAUCUAUGCUACAGCACGCGACUUAGAGAAGGGUCGCAAAGCGCUUGCUGGUAUCUUGGAACCUGGAAAAGUCGAGCUCCUUCAGCUUGAUACCGCCUCAUUCGACAGUGUGCGUAGCUGUGCAAAGGAAUUCCUGGCCAAAGAGUCCAAAUUAAACGUCUUGAUCAACAAUGCCGGCAUCAUGGCCCUCCUGGAACACACACUGACCAAAGACGGAUACGAAGCCCAACUCCAAACGAACCAUCUGGGUCAUUUUUUGCUAUUCCAGUUGCUGAAGCCUACCUUGCUUGCCUCAGCGACACGGUCAUCUGCUUCGCGUGUCGUCAAUGUUUCGAGCAGUGGACACCGUCAGUCGCCCAUCCGGUUUGAGGAUCUCAACUUUAACGAGCCCGGGUCAUAUGCUCCAUUUGCCAGCUAUGGACAGUCCAAGACGGCCAAUAUCUACAUGGCAAACGAAAUCGAGCGUCGCUACGGCGCUCAGGGCUUGCAUGCUUGGUCAUUGCACCCUGGUGGCAUCACCAGCACGGGCUUGGGGGUGCACUUGGAUUUCUCGGCGCUCCAGGCUAAUGCCGAAAUGAUGCGAGGUAUGAAGUCGGCCGAGCAGGGGGCUGCGACGACCGUGCUGGCCGCCGUGGACAAGGAGCUUGAAGGCAAAGGAGGAAAGUAUCUGGAUGACACCGCUGUGUCGCCACCUGUGGAACCUUCAUUGGCCAAUGAAUUGACUGCUCAAGGACAUGCGGCGUGGGCAUACGAUGAGGAGGCAGCGAAGAAGUUGUGGACUGUCAGUAAUCAAAUCGUUGGUGUGGAUGAGGAGUGA